UCGAAUAGACACAUUAUGUUGAUUUAUUAAUCUCUACAGGAAUUUUAUCAACUCCAAAGUUUUGAAGACAUUUUUUUCAUGCAUACCACCUUUAGUUCAAUAUGAAACGUGUUGUCCACAACUCAUCAUUUUCCCAACCCUAGAAAAAGGGGUACCCCUUCCACCAUAUUUCACCCACACACACCAACCUUUCAACAAACUAACAUUUUGUCUCGGAACAUCAACAACUCUCCUGUCAUUUCCAAAUUGAAAGAAAGAUAAACCUGAAAACAAUCAUUUCCCAAGUUUGUUGCUUUAUCAGUACUCUUUUCCUCAACAAAUAAAGGUUCCAACAAUGAAAGUGAAAGUGUUUGGUCGCUUCAAAUGCAAGCUUUUCAAUCCAUGCAAGAAAAUAGUAAGGUUAUUCAAUUUCAAACUCAGAAAGCCCCUCUUUAUAAGAAGACUUAAGUUUUGCCGUUCAGUACAUAAGACUGAACGGCUAAGAAGAAGAGGGAGAGAGGAGGAUCAAGUCAUGGAGCUCAAGAGUUUCUCAGAAGUGGAACUUCACAACAAAGCACCAUUUCCAUCACCCCUCACCCCGGCUUACGUGAGAUUGAGUACAGCAACUAGAAAAGAAGUGCCAGUUCUGGGUGAUGUGGAAGAUGCAUGCAGGAGCUUUGAGAAUUAUCUGGUGGAGAUGAUUGUGGAAGAGGGGAAAAUGAGGGAUUUGGCAGAUGUGGAAGAAUUGUUAUACUGUUGGAAGAAUCUCAAAAGCCCCGUCUUCAUUGAACUGGUGAGCAGGUUCUAUGGAGAGCUAUGCAGGGAUUUGUUUUCCAAUAGCUACGAGGACAAUGUUAACACCCCAAAGAGACUCCUAUAAUGAAACUGUUUUAUCUUAUUGUUUGAGCACAACUCAUGUCUUUAUAUUUACAACUUAUGUUGCUCGGAUCCUCCAAAUAUGCAUAGCUUUUGGAGGAUCCGACACACACCUAGU